AUUAGUUAAGCGUUAAGUACGUCGUUAGUUAUAUUAAUACAUAAUAUAUUUAGUUGCUUACCUGAAGCCAUACAAAGUGUUACUUCUAAACCUUGAGUUAGUAUGCGCGUGGUGGUGUUUUCCGUGGCACUGCUACUAUGCAGUGCCUUGGUGGUGCAAGCCUUUCAAGAGAACAAUCUAGAAGACGAUGAUUUCGCUGAGUUUGAGCAGUUUGAGGCUGAUGAUGAGCCCAUCAACGACUUCAUCGAAGAUGGUAAUGAAGUCCCAGUACAAAAGGCGAAAGACAAUGAUUUUGAGGCUCACAGUGAGACUGAAGAUGAAAUCAUUGUAGAGGAUGAGGACAAUGAAUUUGAACACUUCCAAGACCCUGAGGAGUUUGAGGGAUUACCAGACAGUACCCCUCAUACGUCUGAACAACCAAAGAUUACUAUUUCUAAGGUUCCUAUAACAGUCCGGCCGCGCUGGGACGCCUACUGGCUAGAAGGCGUGCUAUGCUGCCUUCUAAUGGCCUACGCGUUAGGCUACGCGCUCGGCCGCUCCAAAAACACAUCCAUUGCGCUCAACUUCCUCAAGAUGCACAAGCCGCUGUUAGACGAUAACUUCACUUUAGUCGGUGAAACAGGUCUAGACGUGGUGGCGGCACCGGACGAGCGCGGCUGGAGACGGGAGGCCGAACAUGUCUUCACCAUGUGGUGCAGCGGCCGCGUGUGCUGCGAAGGAAUGCUCCUCACUCUCAAGCUCAUCAAGCGCCAAGACCUAGUGCACGUUCUGCUCGGCAUCGUCAAGCCCACGCCGGACACGUUACAAAUCCGCGUGGAGCUCGGCAAAGACGACGGCGAUCCGUUUGUGCUGUGCGUGGCGCAGAAGAAACACGCCACGCGCCUCGCCAAGGAGAUGCAGGAUCUUAGCGUGUUCUGCCCCGAGCGCCGGCCGGGCGAGUCGCACGGGCUUCCCGUCAGCAUGUCUGUCAUGUCGGAAUCAGCUGAGGCGGCGGCCGGCGUGUUAGACACGCGCACCUGUGCCGCGCUGCACCAGUACGCCGCCCACGUGCAGUACAUACACAUCUCCGACCGAUACACCGGCCCGAAGCAGAUGGAGGAGACAGCUCAAACCAAGCCCCCAGACACGGAGCGGGUGCUGCUCAUGAACAUCGCGCUGGGCGCGGACGGCGGCGGCGCGGAGGUGCGGCCGCUGCUGCUGCUGGCCUUCCACCUGCUGGAGCGCAUCAAGCGGCUGCGGCUCAGCAAGGAGGCUCUAGCCAAGUGCGAGAAGCGUCGUCAGAAGGUAGCCGAAGCCUGGGUGCGUGGAGCCCACGCGGCGCGCCAAGAGCAAGCGGCUCAGCGCCGCGAGGAGAAACGCAAGCAGGAGAAGGAGAAGAUACUCGCGGAGGAUGACCCCGAGAAGCAGCGCCGCUGGGAACUCAAGGAACAGAAGCGUGAGAAGAAACGCAAGACUCCCAAAAUGAAGCAACUGAAAGUCAAAGCUAUGUGAGCAAUAGUCAAAUCAAAUGCAAUUCAUUAUUUACAGUGGAUUUUGUUAUUUAUAUUAAGUGUUAAACAUACUCAAUGGAUGCAAAUAAAUGAUUUUAAGUUGAUAUGU